AAGCAUGCAGCUUCUCCUCUAUGGCAUCGCGAAGCUAUAUAUACUUUAGUCGCAGACGAGACAAAUAUGACGCUACCGUCGAUAUCUGGAAGAGGAACCCGCAUAUUCAGCUGGAGACUGGUGCGAGAUGCAGAGAACUGAGUUUAUCCAAUGCGAUUUGGGAGAUAUGGUAUAGGUAAGGAGGGCGGCGUGGAAUAUUCGGGGGAGGGCUGAUAGGUUGGAUAUUCUCGUAUGCAAUGCUGGUAUGAGAACUCAGCCCCUUAACCCCUCUUUCUUCUGAUAAACAUAAGGCGCCUUUUUGAAAAACUUUCCUCUAUUACCCGGGAUCACCUACGAAGAUAUAUAUUAUUAAUAUAUCAUCAAAUCUGAAAAACGGGACCUCCCAUUGACUCACCUCCACACACACGUAUGACCCCAGUUUCUCCCAAAUCAAUUGAGUCCAUCUUCGCCACAAACCACGUCGGCCACCACAUCCUAACCGUCCUCCUCCUUCCCCUCCUUCACUCCACAGUCACCCGCUUCCCAGAUGCCACCUCCACCUGCAUCGUUUUCACCACAUCAUCCCUCCACAGCCUCUGCCGCGAACUAGACCUCAACCUUCUCACGCCAUCCGAAGGAUCUCCAACCAAGAGCGCAUGUUAUGAUGGUAUCUGGCGCUACGGCCGCUUUAAGCUGGCAAAUAUUCUCUUCACGUGCCAUGUUAGCAGGAGACUCAUGGAAGGGGGACUUAGUGAGGUUUUAGCGGCUGCGACGAAUAGUGAGAGCGGCAGGUAUAAUCGGAGCGUGGUGGACGGCAAUGGUGCCAAUGACGAAACGACUAAACACAUCUAUGUCAAGAGCUUCUUCCCCGGAAAAAUCGCCACGGAUCAUAUGAAGAUCUGGAGAGGAUAUCUAGGUACCGUAGUGGGCAAGGCAUUUGAAAUGUUUUUCUCCGUGGCUGGGCAGUCCAUUCAGGAUGCGGUGGGGACAGCGCUUUAUUUGGCAGCUAGUGGAGAUAUUGCUGCAGGUGGUGGAGUGAGGGGCCAGUAUUUUGUGCCGGUUGCGAAGAGGGAUGAGACCAGUCGUAUGGCAGGCGAUAUGGAACUGGCGAGGCAACUGUGGGAUUGGACUGACAGGAAGGUUGCCGAGGUGUUGGGGGAUGGUUGGCAAAGAAAUGGCAUUUCCGAGGGAAUUUGUUGACGGAUAUCAGGAGCAUCCUCUUUUCUAUCCAACUCAGAGAGGACAGGCAAGGAGCAACUGUGUUGGGCGAUUUUAUAUUGGCAGGUAACUCAUGAUGAGGACUUCACGUAUGCCUUGUUCCUAGACAUGGAUGGGAAUUGCAUGGUCUGGGCCGUCUUCAUCAUGAUCCUAAGUUGAAGAGCUAUUUCCAUUUCCGGCCGCGAAAUAUACCCAAAUUUCAUUUUGCCGGGGCAUACACAUAUGCACUCUCUUUUCAUGACGAUGGCG